AUGGUGUCCUGGCCGUCCAGACAUGUCAGUAAUUCGAUACGAUUGGAUCUUCUGGUUCGCUCACCUUCACUCUAUGAAGACAUUUACUACACUGCCUUCCCGGACGACAGAAUCACACACAAGAUUCUCGUUUACUCGACGUUUAUCGCAGAGACCGUUCAAACGGUUAUGAUAACCUAUGAUGCAUUCCAGAACUUCGCGUUUGGGUUCGGCAAAGUGGAUGGGCUAGUGGCGUUCAUCGUGCAGUCGUAUUUCGCGUACAGGAUCCAUCUCUUGUCGGGAUCAAAAGUAAUCGCCGGGUUGGUCCUACUUAUGGCAUUGGCACAAGUUUCCGGAGCGAUCGCGACAGGGGUGGUAGCGAAAUCGGUGGGCGUGUUCUCCAAAAUUCGAGAACCUUGCUUUAUUCCUGCUCUAUUUUGGCUGGGUGGAAGUGCAGCUUGCGACGUGACGAUAGCAAUAGCUAUGACCUAUGUGCUUUCUCGACGGUUUGAUGACGUCUUUCAUGAGACUCGGGAUCUGUUGAAGCGCGUUAUACGGCUGACGAUGGAAACCGGUAGCCUGACUGCUGCAUUUGCCGCUAUCGACCUGAUUCUCUUCCUCGCCUUCCCAACACAAGACUACCACAUCACUCCUGCCCUUGCCCUUUCAAAGCUCUAUUCGAACUCUCUCCUCGUCGUGUUCAACAGCCGAGUACAGAUUCAAGGAGGACGCGGCUCUAGUUUCGAAGCGUCCAGAGGGAACGUCACUGGUUUUGGGAGUGGGGGUAUGGUCUCGGCUCGGGGACCGUCAACAAACAUCGGGAUGGGUGUAAGAUGUGAUGUCGAAGAGUCAGUUUGGGCGGAUCCUAUUCCGUUGAAUAAUGUCAAUUUAGCCAAACGUCAAUCUGGCUCCUCUGCCCGGGUAUUGGAUAAGAAAUACCUCAGUAUCAGGCCUGAUCAACUUGACUCGCCGAAGUGA